CACACCUGCCACAGACCACAACCACGGUCCCAAGCACCCACCGGUUCGAAGAGAAGCUUGUGAUCGCGGUCGAACGACACGAGGUGGACGGAAGAGGCACYGCGAACGAAGGAAAACACCCCACAACACAAUGACGGAAGAGCCUCCGGUUCCGGGCGACAACGGCGUCAGCGUCGCUGCCCGAGACACCGAUCCCGCUGCCGAACCUUGCGGCUUCGCCACCGAGAAAGUUCCUCCCUCCGGCGCCCAGACGAGGGAGAAUCCCUCUCGGGAAGACGGAAGCGCCGGCGGUGGGGAGAUCCAAGCCGAGAAGCCGGUAGUGGCCCCGAAAAAGCCCGCGUGGGGCAUCUCUGCCCCCGCGGCGAGCGGCUCGGACGUGCCCGCCACCACGCGGGGAGCUCCCAGUUUCGCGGAAAUCAUGAACGACCAGAGCAGGGACCGGGCCGCGGCCCGGCUGGCCUAUUCCGGCGCCGGGGCUUCCGCCGGGGAAGGCGUGUCCCUGGCCGAAAUCCAGGCCGAGCAGGAACGGCUCUUUGCGUCGCUGGCCCCAGGGGGCGAGCCUUCGGCACCCGGAGGAAGCGCCGCCGAGCCGAAACCGAGCGGCACCACCGGCGGCCCGGAAAUCCCCGACGCGGACGAAGAAGAGCGCCGGAUGAUCGAACUGGCGAUCCAGCAGUCGCUGGCUGCCGAAGCCGCCGAGCCGGAWUUGAUCGGAGAUGGGCCACCGGCGGCGUCAGGGGCCGCAAGGAAACCGACCCCGGAAGAGGCCGAGCGGGAGAUGAUCGAAGCCGCCCUGCGGGAGGCGGACGAAAUGGAAAGGGYGGGUGCCCUCCCACCGGCGGCCGAUGCCAAGCCGGCGGCGGCAGCCAAGCCCAGCCCGGAAGAGGCCGAGCGGGAAAUGAUCGAAGCCGCCCURCGGGAGGCGGACGAACGGGAAAGGGCGGAUGCCAAGCYGGUUGCGGCAGCCAAGCCCAGCCCGGAAGACGCCGAGCGCGCCAUGAUCGAGGCCGCCCUGCGGGAGGCGGACGCAAAGGAGCGAAGGGACGAGGAAGCGGAGUCCCUCCGCCUGGUGAUGCAGCUCCAGCAGGAAGAGCUCACGCUGGCCCGGCAGCGACAGCGGCACCAGGAACGGACCUCCCUGACCACGGGCAACGUCCGAACCAUGACCCGUGCCGAACUAGAGGCGGAGRCGUACGGCGGCGCCAGCGCUUCCAUGCCGCCCGAUUUGGAUGCCUACGAGGACGACGAUGGCGAUGCGGACACCGGCUUUCGGAUGAACCAGCAGCGCCAGAACUCGUCCUCCGGGUGGUAUCGGAAGGACCGAAACACCAUCGUGGGUCCCAACAACGAGAUCCGGACGAAGCAUGACGUUCGGCUCCAGGGACAAACGAACGCCUCCUUUCUGGACCUGGACGUAGUCGACGACGACACCGGCCUCCGGACGCACGUGGGCAACACGGCCUUCAACGCGUUUCGAAAAACCGUUGCCGGGAGCUACCACUCCAAGGGCGGACACCGGGGCACCUCGAAGGGCGUCGCAACGCACGGAACGGGGAGGGCCGGCACCGACUCGGACGCCACCAAGGGCGGUGCCCUGGACCAGCACGUCAGGCUGCACAUCUCCAGGGCCAUUAACGCGGGGAUCAUCGAGCGGUGCAACGGUGUGGUCAAACAGGGAAAGGAAGCCGUUGUCUACCACGCGGUGGGCGGCMUCCUCAACGACAAGGUCCAGGAUGCUUCGAGCGACGACGGCGACCACGACGCUGGCAGUUCCGAUAGCGAUAGCGACAGUGACAGCGACAGCGAAAGCCUUGUUGCCGGCGAUCAACCGGAAAAGAUACCGGUCGGCGGGAACGACGGGCAUGACGUUGCCGUCAAGGUCUUCAAGCGAAUCAAGGAAUUUAAGGGGCGGGGGGAAUACGUCGACGGAGAUCCYCGCUACGCCGGUCGCCCCUUUCGAAGCUUUACGGACCGCGAGCAACUGGAGGUGUGGACCGAAAAGGAAUACCGAAACCUCGUCCGGGCCUACCGCGCCCGGGUCCCUGUGCCGAACCCGAUCCACUACAAGGAGAACGUGAUCUUUAUGAGGUUUCUCGGGGAGGACGGCUGGCCGGCACCGCAGAUCMGGGAGGUCCAGAUCCGGAAGGGGUCCUCCAAGUGGGCCGCCUUGUACGACCAGGUAAUGGGAUCCGUCCGGCGAUUGUUCCGGGAUGCAAGGCUGRUCCACGGCGACCUUAGCGAAUACAACAUCCUGAUYGCCCCGAACUCCCAGGUGGACCACAAGAGYGAACACGUGUCUUCCAAGGAAGACCUGCAAGCGGUCCUGAUCGAUUUCGGGCAAGCGGUAGAAGUCCGCCACCCAAACGCGGAAGAACUCCUCAGAAGAGACCUAUCGAGGGUCAGGGAGUUCUUCACGAAGCGAGGCGUUACCACRGCAAUGAGCGACGAAGAAGCGAUGGAAUUCGUGGUUGCCGAUCACCGUUUUUCCAUAAACAUGAACGACGUGCGGAUGGACGGUAUGUAGCGACUGCCAUGCUCGGCCGUUGCCGUUUGCGUUCGUAAACAAAGCAGCAAGAGAUUCGUUUCGACCCGACGAAUGUUCUAUUCUCGAAACAUAGAUGCASUAAUGCGACGAACAAACAAGCCAAUUCUUCAAACUAAACGGUCUUUUUCCCAUUUUUCCGCCAYACCAAUCUAAUACAUUAUGUAGAUCGUC